CCUAACAAACGUUCGCAGAUGCAUUUUCUGUGGCGAACGUUCGCCAGAUAAGCCCAUUCAUACAGAAAAAACCGACCCGAAAUUUCGCAAUCCCCUUCCUUCCUCCCACUCCUAACUGACACAGCGAGGGAGAGAGCGGAGGGCGAGUCGUCGUCGGAGCAGAUCGACCGGGUAGGCCUCCCGGCGAUGGGGAACGCGUCGUCGAUGCUGACGCAGUACGACAUCGAGGAGGUGCAGGAGCACUGCAGCUACCUAUUCUCGCAGCAGGAGAUCGUGUCGCUGUACGAGCGAUUUUGCCAGCUCGACCGCAGCGCCAAGGGCUUCGUCGCCGAGGACGAGUUCCUCUCCAUCCCGGAGUACUCCACCAACCCGCUCUCCCAGAGGUUGCUACGUAUGGUUGAUGGAUUGAACUUCAAGGAAUUUGUUUCUUUUCUCUCUACCUUCAGCGCAAGGGCCAGCCUUCAGCAAAAGAUUGAGUUUAUAUUUAAGGUGUAUGACAUUGAUGGCAAGGGGAAAGUAAGCUUCAAGGACCUGGUGGAGGUUUUACGGGACCUAACGGGCUCAUCCAUGUCAGAGCAACAAAGAGAGCAAGUACUAACAAAGGUGUUGGAAGAAGCUGGGUACACACGGGAUUCCACUCUAUCAUUAGAAGAUUUUGUAACGAUCAUCGACCACCCUGGCCUGAAGAUGGAGGUGGAAGUGCCCAUCGACUAGUGAAGGGAGGAUGCAGAUUUCAGCAGAUGAGGAUGCAGCAAGCUCUCUGUCAGCUGAAAACAAGUGUCCAUUGCCAAUAGACCGCGCGACAGAAUAGAAUGGGAUCUCACUGUUUUGAGUUCUUGUGUACCUGUCCGCAUACAUGCCCAAAUGCAGUGCCAGUUUAGUCAUUUUUUCUUUCUGUUUUCGAGGGGAUUAAUUAAUGCAGUGUCAAUGUAGAGUGGAUCUUGUUACAGUUUCCAGACUUUGAAAACGUUCCAAACUUAAAAUUGUUUAUGGGGUUGCAGCUGUCCACUCCACGGGAGGCCAGUAUUUAUGCUGAAGAUUAUGAUCUAAUUCUUGGGUUCAUGUGAA